GACAUGAUGUUGCAAAUGGUAACAAAUAUGCUGCCAAUCGAAAUCUUGUUACAAACAAUUAUUAAUGAAUAUCUGAAAAAAUCAUACUGCUUGACUCUUGUCUCUGAAACACCUAUCGAUAUAAGUUUGCCCAUGACCAUUACAUCCAUUACUCCAUAUGAAAACCUGACGAAUCAAAUUCUGCAAGUAUCGGAAAUGGGCUGUUCAGAUUAUGUAGUAAGAAUGCGAGAACCACGAGAUUUUAUGAUAUCUUUUGACGAAGUUAACCAUUUAGGAAACACAAGAAGAAGCGACAAGAGAGUGAUAUUUUUACCAUAUAAUGAAAAUCAAGUUGGCUUGGAAAACCUAUUAGAUAUUUUAAACAUGAAACCGACUAAAUUCCUCGCGAAUUUACUAUUGGUUCUUCCUGUUUUAAACAGCAUAUCAGACUGCAUAUUCUAUGAUCUAGUAUCGCAUAAAUUCAUUGGUCCUGAUCACGAAUCUAAUCAACCGUUAUACAUAGAUCGCUGGAACUCUUGCACGAGUAGUUUUGAUAACAAUUAUAAUUUGUUUCCUCACGACAUGUCUAAUCUAUUUGGUAAAACAUUAAAAGUUGCUUGUUUUACAUAUAAACCCUAUGUUCUAUUAGAUCUAGAUCCCAUCAUAGAAUCUCGAGGACGUGAUGGGACUGAAACUAGAAUUGUAGAAGAGUUUUGCAGGUGGUUGAACUGUACAAUUGAAUUAGUAAGGGAUGAUGAACACCAGUGGGGAGAAAUAUAUGAAAAUAGUACUGGAGUAGGUGUAAUAGGAAGUCUUGUCGAGGACCGUGCGGAUGUUGGCAUCACUGCCUUAUAUUCUUGGUACGAAGAAUAUGUAGCACUAGAUUUUUCUACUCCGUGCAUUAGGACGGCAGUAACCUGUGUUGCGCCUUCACCCAGGAUAUUAGCUAGUUGGGAGAUGCCGCUUUUGCCUUUCACCUUGUAUAUGUGGUUGGCACUUUUGUUCACUCUAAUUUACGCAUCUAUGGCUCUGACAAUAGCACAGGGAUGUUCAUCAGAUAGAGUCUUGCUAACCACGUUUGGAAUGAUGAUUACACAGACUCAGCAUUCAGCUGGCUCAACAUGGCGUAUUCGAAGUGUUACGGGUUGGCUUUUAAUAUCAGGACUGGUAUUGGACAAUGCAUAUGGCGGUGGUCUCGCUUCUGUGUUCACAGUGCCCAAGUAUGAGCCAUCAGUUGACACUAUACAAGACCUAGUGGACCGACAGUUGGAAUGGGGCGCGACACAUGAUGCUUGGAUAUUCUCAAUCUCACACUCUCAAGAGCCUUUGGUCAAGCAGUUGAUAAGUCUGUUCAAAGUAAAACCAGCAGCGGAGCUAAGGCGAAAUAGUGUUACAAGAAGUAUUGCGCUUUCUAUCGAACGAUUACCUGCAGGUUAUUUUGCAGUUGGUGAUUAUAUUACAAAGGAAGCAAUGCUAGAUUUGACAGUGAUGCAGGAGGAUUUCUACUAUGAACAAUGCGUUGCUAUGUUGAGGAAGAGCUCACCGUAUACUGAAAAACUAAGUCAAUUGGUGGGACGAUUGCAUGAAUCAGGUCUUAUGAUAGCUUGGGAGACUCAGGUGUCGUUGAAAUAUUUGAACUUCGAAGUGCAACUAGAAGUUCGAUUGUCACGUUCUAAAAGAGAUAUUGAAACUAUAGAGCAGCUUAGUUUUCGACACGUUGUGGGAGUCUUCAUUAUAUACGUCACAGGAGUAAUACUUUCAGUUUUAACUUUUACUAUGGAAAUAUUCCUAAAAAAGAAGGAGUGUAGAGGAGAAUCUAAUGUAGAAUAAAUUUCUGGAUACGUAUCAACACGAUUAUUAUUUUUACUCAACAAAUAAUUAUUAUGACUAUUUAGGCAUUUUCAUUUCUUUAAUCAAGCAUUAUAAAAACAAAUGAAAUUUCGAUUACCUACUAUAAAAAUAAUUUUCAAGAUAUUAAUUUCGAUUCUAUAUUUACGCUGUUUAUAAUUUUGUGUUACUAAUAACGUUUAUCUAUUGUUUUAUAAUAAAUAGCAAAUAAAAUCUACAUACAAUACCGUUGCAAAAAUAGUACGUGUUCUUAGUUAUUUUUCCGAGAUUCUGAAUUUCGGUAUUGUUAAAUUUUGUAAAUAAUCAUAUUUCUAGUUUAUAAUGUAUAAUAAUAGCUAUCUUGCAGUAAAUAUUCCGUCAAUCCCUUUCAGAGAUUACCAAGAACAACAGGCAGAAACAGAUUUUUUCAUUUAAAUUUUUGGUGUAAUUAUCGUAUUUAUUUUCAUGUACAUUAAUUUGAAAUUACAGACAAAUAGUUCAAUUUCAUUUAUUUGUAUAGAUUUUUAAUACAUGAACUGUAAGAUACGUUAUAAGAAAGUGGAGC